GCUCCCCCUGAGCCUCCUUUUCCCCAGCCUAAGCCCUCCCACGCCCCUCAGCGCUGUGCGAGGGGGUUGUUCUUUUUCUAGGACUGUUGUAAACCCCGGGCUGUUCCUGGGGCCCUCUCCACGGCGUUCCCGUAACCGCGGUCCCACCCCGCUCCCUUCCCGGGCCGCAGGCCGGGGGCGGUUCGCGCUCCCCGCCAUGGCGGGCGCUGCGGCCCGGGGCCCGCGGCCCUGCCUGCUGCUGCCCUCCCUGCUGCUCCUGCUCCUGCUGCCGGCCGGCCGCGCCGAGCCCGAGCUGCGCUUCAGGCCGCCGGCCGAGGCCCCCGUGCGGCUCUUCACCGAGCCCGAGCUGGCCAGAUACGACGGGCACCAGGAAGGACAGCCCAUCUACCUGGCAGUGAAGGGUGUCGUGUUUGAUGUCACCUCUGGAAAAGAAUUUUAUGGAAAAGGAGCCCCAUACAAUGCUUUGGCUGGAAAAGACUCAACAAGAGGAGUUGCAAAGAUGUCUCUGGAUCCAGCAGAUCUUACACAUGACACAACAGGACUCACAGAGGAGGAGCUGAAGUCCCUGGAUGACAUCUUCAAUAAUGUUUAUAAAGCCAAAUAUCCAAUUGUUGGCUAUACUUCUCGGCGAAUUCUGAAUGAGGAUGGCAGCCCCAAUCUGGACUUUAAACCUGAAGAUCAGCCACAUUUCAGCAUUAAAGAUGAGUUUUGAGGAACAUUUUUGUGCCUAGAGAAUGCCUGGGCAGAGGCACAGCAGAAUAUUAAAUUAAUUCCCUGUGCUGUGGAGUUCAUUACUACAAUUAGCCACCAUGAGUCAGUUGUCUGCUCAGAAAAUAAGUGUGUGUGUACACACACAGCAUAGAGGAAACAAACAGAUCUGUAGUAGUGUCAUACACCUGGGCUGUUUGCUGGGAAUUACAGGAAUUAUUUAACCUGCAAGUUCUUUCUGACAGGAUUUCUCUGUUAAGAAGUGUAUAAUGUAAAAUCACGUUCUGUAGAAGAAAGAAGAAAGCUUUUAAUAAUUGAAAUAUGAUUGGUCUUUUUGUAAAUUCAAAGUUGUUUCCCACUCCUUGGAAAAGUGUAAAUGAAUUAUCUGGAUGAGCUAACAUCAAUUCUCUGUGCUUCAUGUGAGUGUAGGUAUCACAAGUACAGACAGGUGCAAUACAUUAUAUACAGGCUAACAUUUUGUAAAGCAUUAUGGAGUUUAAUAUUUGAUGGGUUUGAGAAUACUGGAUCUAAAGUCACUCAAUCUCCUCAAAUGCAGUUACUGUGGAGUAUUUCUGCAAAGCCUACAGCUGUAAACCAAGAAAAUUAAAUCUUUUUUCCCCCAUGAGGACUACUGUGACAUUUAAAAUAAGACCAUUAUGUUAGGUUUGGAUAAAUGACACUUCACUUUUUAAAAAUAAUUAUCAAAGAUGUCAUCUAUAUUAGAUUAUGAUGAUUUCCUUCUAUCUUUCUCUGACAAAAAGAGGAAAUCAUAGCCCAGAUAUAUUUGCCACAUACUCUUACAGCACAGGUUUAUUAUUGCAGCUCAGUGUCCUGUGAACAUUGUUAGCAUUUUCAUACUAACAAUUUCAGCUCUCAUUUUUUAUGUCCCUUAGUUUUUCUUUGUUCUUACCCUGGCUUCAUCACUGCUGUUUUAAUGAAGAGUGCAGCUCCAUGUUCCUCUUCCUCUUCACCUGAUACAAAACUGCAGAUCCUGCAGUGUGAAAGCAGACCCCCCUGAUGGCAUUUCCCUGGCAGCCUUUCAGCAGCAAGAGGACUGUAAAAGCCUGAGCUGUACAAAGUGCUGCUAACCCCUGACUUUCACUAACUUAAGUAGAAUGUGAAUUGUCCCAUAUGUGGAUUUCUCUGUCACUGUCAUCAUUUAUUUGAUUGAUAUGGGAAAAACUAAGCAGCUGAUCCUGAUUCUGUAUUAAUAAUACAGAUAUAAUAAAAAUAUGAUUCUGUAUUGUUGUUCUAUUUCUUAAGCAUUUUGGUAACUUUCUAUGAAGGGAAGAUUUUAUUAGAUGAUUCUCCACCUUCUAGUUUGCAGGGGACAGCUGCCUGUGAGUUGAAUAACUAGAAAAGCUGUUUCUAUGUAUUUGCCCAUUCUUUCACAAUCUUACAGAUUUUAUUCUAGAUUUGUUUUGUUUCUCACCAUUAGACCACUUCAUUUGCAGGAGGGACUCCAUGGGCCCUCCCACUGUUGGAUGGUGCUCUGAGCAGAAAAAAUAAAUCAGCAUCUAAGAAAUGACUAUUGCUUCAGAUAAUUAUUAUUUUGUGUUACUAUUUAUUAUUAUUAUUACUGCUGCCCUUUUGAUUAGAGACCAACAGCAGCUGGGAGUUUGCUCCUUGAUGAUACCUGUUGUCUUUGUGGGAAUGCACGUGCGUUUGGUGGUCAUGGUGGUUGGUAGUUUACCAACAUUUCACAAAUAAUUUUUCAGUGCCCACUAGGUUUUUUGCCCUUUUCCUCCUUUCCUUGCAUGCAUCCUGGUGGGACAGCUUCAGUAGUUGUGCUGCUGUGGUUAUUGUAGAAGUCCUUGCUUCAUCUGGCAUCAUGAUAUCCAGCUGCAUUUCAAAAAAAACCCUUUGUAGCUCAGUUGCAGCUCAUCACCACUGAAUGGCUCAGUGUUCUUGUUUGCUUCCUACUUUUCCUGUUCUCUCGAUGAAAUCACCUUUGCUAAUGUCAAAGCA